CGCUCACACUCACGCUCACACGCACACACACGCCCCCGUUCCCGACAGCAGGUCGCGACGUCCCCGCAGCCGCGUCACUCACUCCGGACAGCGUUUAAAGACGGUGUGUGUGCGCGCGCGCGAGGGGGGGGAACUUAAUAAGAAAAAAGAAGAAAGAGAGAAACGGAAACGGAGAGGAGCGACCCGCGGCCGUAUUCAUGAACCAUUUAUAAAGCUUGAUUUAUUUUUUGGCGGGGUUUUUUUUGGGGAGGGGGGCGACAAGUGCCACUUAAGAAGAGUGCCGGGGGGCUGAAGAAAGGAGCUGGGUUUCCAGUCGCGAGUCGGUCCUGGCUGUCAGUCUCUCGCUCGCUCGCUCGCCUCUCGCGUUCACCAUGGCUUCCACGACCUGUACCAGGUUCACGGACGAGUACCAGCUGUACGAGGAGCUGGGCAAGGGUGCUUUCUCAGUGGUGAGGCGGUGCAUGAAGAUCUCCACCGGCCAGGAAUAUGCUGCCAAAAUAAUAAACACCAAGAAGCUGUCUGCCAGGGUCGUAAUAGCGGUGGCAGUGGAUGGGGACCGUCCCCCGGCGGUGCCGGUGCUGACCCCCUCACUGACGAAGACGUUGCAGCUCUCCUCUGACUCGAGACAGGAUCUAGAUGUAGGAUCUAGGCCUAAGAUCUAG